AUGACUUCAACACCCGAAAAGCAGUUUGCGGAACUCGCCAAGCUCGAGGGCCAUGUAGAGGAGGCCACUAUCGCAAGCGUAUACGAUCAGCUGAAGCCUGUCGCUCCAGAGUUACUAGUUGGCCAGUGGGAGGGAGGUAGUUUCGAUACGGGACAUCCCACCCAUUUGCAACUUCGCAACUUCAAAUGGGCGGGUAAAGACUUCCGGUCCGUCGAUGAUGUAGACCCAAUCAUGCGAUACGAAGAAGACGGCAAACGAACGUGGUUUGCUGACUACGGCCAUGCGCGGGUUCGAGAAGUGAAGUUUAGGGGUGUUGUAACUGCAGCAAUGGUUUAUGACAAGUUUCCCAUCAUUGACGCAUUCCGCUACGUGGACGAAAACACUGUCGUCGGUGCCAUGGACAACAAGGAACUUCAGCAGUCUGGGACAUACUACUUUUAUUUGAGGAGAAGAACCCAGAGUAAGGCCUAG